AUGGAGUACGUGGCCACGGACAAAUUCGGUCACGCCGACAUUCUCUCUCGUCUCAUCAACCACCAUGCGAAACCCGACGAAGAUUUCGUGAUUGCUUCCGUCUCCUUGGAGAUACAACAAAGCACCAAGACGGAUCCGGUGCUCAAGAAGGUCCACCGAUACGUCCAGGUAGGCUGGCCAAAUUCCCUGGCCAGUGACGCUAAUCGAGAACUUCUUCGCUUUCACCUUCGUCGUGAAUCACUCACCACGGUACAGGGCUGCAUUCUCUUCGGCGAAAGGCUUGUUAUUCCGUCUCCUCUAUGCAAGCGAUGCCUCGAAGAACUCCACCGGGGGCACCCCGGAAUCCAGCGGAUGAAGGCUCUAUCCCGCAGCUACGUUUAUUGGCCAUCGCUCGACAGUGAGAUCGCCGAUUACGUGAAGGCGUGUUCACCAUGCGCCUUGACAGCAAAGUCACCAGCAGCAGCGACCCCUGUGCCCUGGCCCAAGCCUACACAUCCUUGGCAACGUGUUCAUGUGGACUACGUCGGUCCUAUCGACGGCGACUACUAUCUUCUCGCCGUGGAUUCAUUUUCGAAAUGGCCGGAAGUCAUCCGUACACGUCGCAUCACGGCGUCUGCAACGAUCAGCACCCUUCGCAGUAUCUUUGCGCGCCUGGGGAUGCUGGAAACGUUGGUGUCAGAUAAUGGCACCAAAUUCACAAGCUCGGAAUUCGCUCAGUUCUGCAAGACGAAUGGAAUCGACCACGUAACAACUGCACCGUUUCACCCACAAUCAAACGGCCAAGCAGAGCGAUUUGUCGAUACGUUCAAGCGAGCGAUCAAGAAGCUUGAAGAGGGGAGAAGUUCGACCGAUGAAGCCUUGGAUACGUUCUUGCUGGCUUACCGAAGCACACCUAACCGGUCAGCGCCAGAAGGUCUAUCCCCGUCGGAGAUCAUGUUCGGACGACGUUUACGCACCUGUCUCGAACUGCUACGUCCAUCACCAGAACGUCCACCACCGGAAUCGUCACCGGCCGACCAGAAGAAGUCCAGUAUGAGGUCCUUCAGUCCAAGUGAUCUCGUCUACAUCAAGAUCUACAGCAAGAACACCUGGAACUGGGUUCCUGGAACGGUUAUCGAAAGAGUAGGACGAGUGAUGUACAACGUGUUGACCGAUAGUCGUCGCUUAGUCCGAUCGCACCUGAACCAGCUGAGGAGUAGAACGUCAGUCUGCUCGAAUCAAGGUCCUGGAUCCAGCCAGUCAUCGAAGCAUAAGCAACUUCCGCUGCAAGCUCUAUUCGAUACGUGGAAUCCAGCAACUACGACUGCAAGCGACAUUAUUCGAACGCCAACGUUGUCUCCACCGGCUACCAGCACGGACAUGUCGUCAUCGUCCUCGUCUUCGAGUACCACAUCUUCCAGCUUCGAAUCGGCUGCUGCAAGCACACCAACGGUGCAGCCAAAAGUACAGCUACCAAGGCGUUCUUCGAGACUUAGAAGACCGCCCCAGAGGUUCAACCUGUAUCAUCGGUUCUAG